GGAACUGACAAGCAAAUAAUCCGGCCACUUCUUUGGACAUUUCGCACCUUCAAAAAUUCUGAUCUCUUCAAACACAACCUCGAAUAACCACAAAUUCAGACUCCGCUGCGUCAAUAUCUACCCAUCGCAGCAUCCAUCACGAUGAGCACUACCUCAAUCCAACUUCCUCGACGCGUCCGCAAGCUCCUGUCUUUAGACGGUGGCGGAGUCCGUGAUGUCUCCUCAAUCAUGAUCCUCGACGCCCUCAUGUCCCACAUAAUUGACGGCCGCUCUGUCGAGCGAGACCCGUGGCAGGAAUUCGAGCUCAUCGGAGGCACUAGUACAGGAGGAUUGCUAGCAAUUAUGCUAGGACCAUUGCGCAUGAGCACUGCAGCUUGCGAAGAUGCAUAUGCUCAGCUAUCAACUGAGAUAUUCACCUCACUCGGAGCAAGGCGAAUGUUGUGGAUACUCUGUGGACUUGUUGAAGGCGAAUGGCAAAUUUGAUGAAAAGCCUCUUGAUGCCAAUGUCGAGGCUAGCAUUGUCGCUGCUAAAGAAGGAGAGGAAGCGCUUCUGAAGGACUCCCGCAGUGAUGCUUGCAAGAUUUUUGUCUGUGCGACAAAGGUCUUCGACAACAGUCCCAUUGUAUUUCGAUCAUACAACAACGCAAAAGCCUCUGGGAGUGUUUCUGGUAUCAAUAUAUGGUUGCCAAUCGUCAGCACGCCAUCUCUGAUACUGAGACAUUCUUGAAGUCUCCUGCAUCGGCAGCAUUACGUUUCAGAAUGUUAUUAAUAUUGGAUAUGCAGCUCCAGGUGCUUCAAUUGAUGAGCACUAUAUCGGGACAUUUCUGCAACCCCUACGAAUUAAAGUAGGCAACCAAGUCUUGGCAGGAAUUCAUGAUGAGGAUGACUAAGGCCAA